AUGGCGUCUGCAAAUGCCACAUACGGACAGAAGGAGUCCUCAGACCAGAACUUUGAUUACAUGUUUAAGAUCCUCAUCAUCGGCAACAGCAGCGUAGGAAAGACUUCCUUCCUUUUCCGCUACGCAGACGACUCCUUCACACCAGCCUUUGUCAGCACAGUGGGCAUUGACUUCAAGGUGAAGACCAUCUACAGGAACGACAAGAGGAUAAAGCUCCAGAUAUGGGACACUGCUGGACAGGAGCGCUACAGGACAAUCACCACAGCAUAUUACAGGGGGGCCAUGGGCUUCAUUCUCAUGUAUGACAUCACCAACGAGGAGUCCUUCAACGCUGUCCAAGACUGGUCAACCCAGAUCAAGACAUACUCAUGGGACAAUGCCCAGGUUCUCAUGGUGGGGAACAAGUGCGAUAUGGAGGAUGAACGAGUGGUGGCGGCAGAGAGGGGCCGGCAACUGUCAGAGCAGCUGGGUUUCGAGUACUUUGAAGCGAGCGCUAAAGAUAACAUCAAUGUGAAGCAAACUUUCGAGAGACUGGUGGACAUCAUCUGCGAGAGGAUGUCGGAGAGUCUGGACAACAACGACCCGACUAUGACCGGAGCAAAACAGGGGCCACAGCUCACCGAGCAGCCUCAGAGGUCCAGUCAGGAUUGUGCUUGCUAAACAUGAUCUCCCACAUACACAGUUUAUGCCAUCAACACACCUUUUUGAGUUUUGUCAGUUUGUCUCUCACUGUCUUUCUCAUACACACAAACACUGCCGUACAGACACACAACCUGGCUACUUAGAUUCUCCACCCCUCUCACCACACCAGAGCCGGCCACUUAAAAGAUUUGUUUUUUCAGAAUGAUGUUGUUAAUUUCAGUCAUACAGAGAUUAUGUAACAGUGCUAAUUUAAUCAGAGGGGUGAAGAACAAUUGAUAGAGGAACAAUCCCAAAUUGUCUUUAAUUCUUAUGUGUACAUAUGUGCACAAACAAACACACUAUGCUGUAUCUUAACAGAAUUAUAAAAAACCCAGUCAAGACUCCAUCAUUCCUUAUUGACAAAUUUGUGAUUGGCUUUUUCUUUACUUUGUCCCCAUUCAGCAGGAAUGCCUCAAACUUAAAUGGAUACAAAUCCCAUUUAAAAUAUUUUUAAAAUGUUUUUUGCUGUCGAUAAAGUUGCUGUUUUUCCUUGUUUUAACAUUUUUUUGAGUUUCACAGACGUCCAAACAGUCAUUUGUUUUGAAUGGGAAAUAGUAAAAGUCAUGCAUAUCAUUUUGCAUAUCAUUAUUAAUAUGGAUUUUUGACCCCUUUGCAGAUUUUUUACAAGCAGCUUAGUUGGUCCAGUAUGAGAAGCUGCGUGGCCUCUGGAGGUUGCUCAAAUUAAGGUUUUCUAGCCUUGUUUUUUUUUUUUUUUUUAACUUCUUUGUUACUAUUUUUUAGAUCUACCUUACAAUAAAAGAAUAAGGGAUGUCUUUCACCCUGAGACAAGAUGUAUAAAUGUUUAAAAGUCAAUAGGUAUGCAUUUUUUAAAUGCAUAUAUAAAUAUAUAAUGAAUUAUAUAUACAGUAAUAAUGAUUCAGGAUUAUGGAUUCCUACUUGUGCUUUUGUGAGAGGUGCAUGUUGUUGAUGUUCUCUGGUUGACUGGAUGGUUAUGUGUAUGAGCUGUUGUCUGAACUGAAAACCUAUCCGUCCUACAGUUUCAAUACCUGAAGGUACCAAAUGGGCCUGUAGGUUUCACAUGUGGCCCCUUCUCAUUGUAUUAACUUUCAUUCACUGCGUAUAAUGUGCAACAUGCACUCACUGGAAAGGCAUGUGAUUCAGUGUGAGCACUGGCACACCUCACAUCUUCAUCAACAUUCAGAUAGUCUCGUAUGUCAUGGUAGAUGAUGUUUUCUUCUUUACUUUCUUGGGGCGGGGGGGACAUGAUGUUUUUAAGCAUGUUAAAUGUCAAGUUGUGAGUUUUAUUUCUCUCUGACGCGGGAAUCGUCUGCUCGUCGUGUAUACAGUACAAACUGUCUGUAUGUCAUGCGCCCAUAGAUGAGCUGAGGCAUUUGAAAGAAAUUCAACACCUAAGUUAUUUCAAAAUAUUGUAUUUAUUUUGUAUUAUUUAUAACUUAAUUUAUUUUUGAGAUAAUGUUCUUCCUAGAUUAUGCGUUGUAAUCUGCACUCUUCGUUUUUAAGAGAGAUGUUCAGUAGUAUUCAACUGCUUAAAUCGUCCCAGCUUUUAAAUGAAGACUUUUUUGUGUUUACAGUGAAUAUAAAGCUUAAGAUGCUUCCUUGAGGGGAAAGUUAAACAUUCCAGUGUGAGAGUCUCUUAUCAUGUCGGCGCAGCUUUGCUGGGAACAUUGUUUGUCUUUUGAUAUCAGUUUUGCAACUCUUAAGACUCUGUAGUGUAAAAGCAGACUGUUCUCGCAGAGCAAUAGCAGUUCUUUCUCUCCACACCCCAAAUAUCAGCAACAUACAACCCUGCUGAGGGUUUGUAACACAUGCUGUACGCAGUUGUGUGAAUGUACAGUUUGUAUAAAGGCUGUCUUAAUGAUCAUUCUUUCCAAAGAGAUUUCGUCAAUACAUUUAGAGCCAAAAAGAGCGCUUGUUGUCGACAUUUGUUUGAAAAAUCAGUCUGGUAGUAUUUUCCUACUCGUGUCGUAGCUUUAAAAAGGGAACUAGAUGUUUGGGAAGUAAACUGAAUACUUUGAACACUUAAUUGAAAUAGUGAUUCUUACUGCAUUGUUCACUUUUGAAUUGUUUGUUGAUUUUUGUUACUUUAUUUAUUGUGUUUUGCUACAGCUGUAAUCUUUGCCGUUGAUUUAUAGGAACACUUAUCGGCCCUGUUCAACUGUCCUCCUGUUCUUCUUCCUCCCUCCCUGUCAGAAAUAACCCCUGUAAAUAGGACUUUUCUCCCCGUUGGGUAUUAGUUGUGUGAAUUGUGCUGUAAUUCUGUAAUGCCAGAUUUACUGAUAAUGAGGAAUCAAUAAACAAAAUCUAAAAGCUGUA